AUCUGUGUUGGAUCGGCUGGUCUCUCAGUAUCACUGACUGAAUAAAAAAUCGCAUAUCUGUCACUCAAGUCACUACUCACUGUCACAUCAAAACAAAAGCUAAUGACUGACUAAAUCUAACUAAUGCCUAGGCCUAAUAUAAUAUUUAUUUGAGGAUUAAUUGGCAGAGUAUUUCUACCAACUGUCAAGCUUUUAAACAUUUCAAGUACCAGUAUUAUGUCAGUACAGUACCAUUUGAAACCCAAUAAUCAUUUCACAUCAAUCAUUCAAAGACAACCACUUAGACUGGGAUCAUACACAGUGGAACUAGCAAGCAGAGACUAGAACUAGCCAACUUGAUCAGAAUGGCAUUGGACAAUAAUCAUGGCAAUGGCAACAUGGAGACAGAUUGUAGAAAAAGUGAAUGGGUUCAUUUGAAUGUUGGUGGUACAACAUUUUUAACAACCAGAACAACACUUGGACGCGACCAGAAAUCUUUUCUUUACAGACUUGUACAAGAGGCCUCAGAUUUAAAUACGGACAAAGAUACAGAUGGCGCUUUCUUAAUUGACAGAGAUCCUACCUACUUUGGUCCAGUGUUAAAUUUUCUGCGUCAUGGUAAACUAGUGAUGAACAAAGACCUAGCAGAAGAAGGUGUGCUGGAGGAAGCAGAGUUUUAUAACAUAACAGACUUGAUAAAGGUUGUGAAAGAAAGGAUUGCUGAGAGGGAUGCCAAACAGAACCAGACCUUCAUGAAGAAUGUGUACAGAGUGAUGCAGUGCUCGGGGCAGGAGCUCACACAGAUGGUCUCUACAAUUCCUGAUGGCUGGAAAUUUGAGCAGCUCCUAAAUAUAGGCAGUCACUACAACUAUGGAUCUGAAGAUCAUGCAGAAUUUUUGUUUGUUGUAUCAAAGGAAUGUCCCACAGUGGUCAAUGGCACUGAUGAACCCUCGGAUAGGGCAAAGGUAUUACAGUUGAAAGGAACUAGAAUUUGAUUGUUGAUUAGGAUCUAGGAUUUGAUGAAAGUGGUGUCACAGACCCUUGUGUGCUCAUUGGAUCCAGAACACUGUGCACUAGAGCAGGAAGAUGUUACUAAAUAUAACCACUUACACUCCUCCCCCACCUGGCACCCACCCCACCAGUGAGAUGAAGUAUUUGAAUGUUUGGUGUUGUUUCUCCAGAUGUGGUCAAGCACUAACUGUCUUUAGACUUAACCUGUACUGUUAGAUGUCUGUACCUCCUUUGACUGGCUCCUACCUGCUGUAUGGCUAGCGAAGGAGGAAAAAAAACAAUUUGUGAUAAUCAUAAUGCUUUUAAUCACAGUUCUUUUAUCAUUUCAAAACAUGAUUGUACACACACCAAAUGAAUAACAAUCUCUUACUGGGCAAUAUCUCUUAGCUAAUGUUUUAAACUGUAAAUUUUCAUUUUAUCUCAUAUAUCUGUAUUUUAAAAACCUUUUGAAUCAUUUUCAUAUUUCAGUGCAUUUGUUUUUGAAUUAAAUCCAUUGUAAGUCAUUUGUUACAGUCUGAAAUCCAUAAAAGAUUGUAAUUGUCUUAAAGUUGUUAAAAUUGAUUAGUUUGGUAAUGAAUGUAAACCAACUUGACAUUAGGUUUUAAGAAUAGGCUACUUAAUAUUUUGUCUCAGCAAUCAUUACCAAUCUUACUUUCUUUUAAUCAUUACCAAUCAUUAAAAACAUGGGAAUUUAAUCGAUGCUACCCAGACUCUGAUGUGUAGCAACUGAUGGGGUUUAACUGUUUCAUGUUUGAUUGCAAGUGUAAAGCUGCACAUGAUUUUAUGGCUACAUUAGUGAUAGCCAGCAAAGAUUUUUUAUUUUGAUAAGGGAGGAUGUUUCUUGUCUGCAACUUAACAUUUUCUUGUUCGUAGCCAGUGGUUGGUUAAGCUGUUUUUUUUAAAGAGAUAUGCAAUGUAAGAAUAAGUGUAAUGUAAGUAACUAGGUAUUUUAUACUUAUUUUGUGUGUGUAUCAAUCCCAGUAUCAUUUGACAGAGGAAUGCUCUAAAGGUUGUAAAAAUUAUUUUCUGUGUAUAUUUUUAUGUCUAUCACCUUGAUAAAAAAAUGAUUCCUGAGAAAAGUACUUAUGUGUUAUCUGAAUGUUAGCUUUAAUGUUUAUAGAUUAAGCACAUAGGAGUCAUCCAGUAAUGACAUCUUUAAAAAUCCUCUAGUUUGCCAGUUAAACAUGCAUUGUACACUUGUAGCCCCACAUUGCCUAGUGAUUUAUUCUUUUUUCUCUUGUUUGUUAUUAAAUAUUUAAAAUUAGGAUAGAAAUACAAAAUGUGUUGAAAAUUUUUUUUUAACUAUUUGAACCAGAACCUUUUUAGGUUAUGUUCCCCAAUGGCACAUAAAAUACAUGAAGAGUUUGAAUGGUUUUAGUGCAUAUUAAAAGGUUUUAGAAAUUAUUUCCUGCAUUUGUAGUCAGCAUAAAGUCAUAUGGCCCCCAUUUCAGUAACCUUGAUUACUUACAGCAAGGGUACGAGUUACCUUUAACCCACUGCCAUUUAAAUUUCUACAUUGUAUUAGAUACUUUUUGCUUGUUGUAUAAAGUAUUUUAAUGUUAACUUUUAGCAUGUGGUUGUCUAAAUGGAUUCUUUAUUUAGAGGUCAUUUAUGGAUUACCCCAUAACUAACAACCAGAACUAUUUUUAUAUUUACUAAAAUGCCAGGCCACUCUUAAAGUAUAGUCAUUGGUUGUAAUUGAGUAAAGUAUAAUGUACUGGGCUGCAUUAUAGUAUUAUGAACCAAACCAUAUGUCAGUUUGUGUGAAAAGUUGCAUGCACCAGCCAUUGGAACAUGCAAAUGUCUUAACAAUCUCUGAGUGUGGCCUUUGGAAUGUCUACAAUAGCCAUAUUUCUCCUCCCACUCUUUAAUUAUUCUGUAAAAAAGUUUUUUUCCAAAAGGUUGUACAUUUUUUUUUAAAAAUGUUUGUAUCUGACUCAAAAUGCUUAAUUAGUUUUGAAAUAAUAAAUAAAAAGAAUUUUCAUAAUAGAGAACUAUUGGGGGGAGUAUUGAAAAGGAUGGCAUAAAUCUGAGAGGAAGGAAGUGGUACACCUGUGUUCAGUUAACAACUAAAACACAGCAAACUUCAAAACUAAAUACCUAAAUGAAACAAGUGCUGGUAACUAUGAGUCAGGUAGAGAAUAUAUUUCUCAUUAUCUAUAGAAUGCAAAGGAUGUAAAUAUUGUAAUCUAUGUCUAUCCUGCCAUAAAUAUUCACUUUAUAAAUCUGAUGAAUUGUAUAUGCAAAGAAUUAUUGAUACUUUUGUACACCUGUCUGAUCCCAUAGAUUUGUCUAGCACUCCUUUUCAAACAAGCUUUAGGACAUACCAUUAGUAUCUCAAAAAAAAUUUCUAAUGGCACUUAUGACAGCAGCUUGCCUCAGUUGUAUUUGAAAAUUGUUGGGGCUGGCAUUUUUUUUAAAACUUUCAUCAUACAAGUGCCUAUACUACAUUUUUUUUUUAUUGCAAAAAUAUUCAACCAUUUUUUUUUAAGCCAAAACAAACAAAAAAAACUUCAGCUAGGUUUUUCCAAGAUAAGACAUUUUUGCUGUUGUUUCUUUCAAAAUGUGACUAAAGUUUAAUAAAUGUUUGAUGUGCUUCA